CUGUGAGGGAAAAAGUGAAUAAGUGAAGUGGAUAAAAAGUGUUGAAAAGUAGAAAUUCAGUCACGACGUCGUCGACUCAGCACAUCCAGCUUUUGCUGCCUAAUGUGCGCCAACUUCCUUGUGGCAAAAGUGAUAGUACGUUAUCUCACGUGUCACGAUAGUCGUCGAGGAGUGGCAAAAACACAUUGAAUUUUAUUAAAUGAAACAUUAAUUAUCGAAAGACAUUCAACUGAACCAUAUUAGGACUGAAUAUAUCGCGUUUACGUGAACUAUGUUUCGUGAAGGCGGAACUGUUGUCGUCAUGUGUAUUCAUUUUCGGCCCGGAGCCUAUUGGCGUUGCACACCAUCAACCAAAACACGGAAGUAGCGCGGAUUAGAGAGCAAAAAGUCGCAUUAAAGCUGCAGUUGCUUCGGUAUUUGUGGGAGUAAUUUUUCAUCUUUCGCCAUGGAAGACCAAGAGAUGCAGCUUAAAGUUAGACGAGUGAGUGACAAAUUUACGGAGAGCAUGUACGUUCUGGCUAACGAGCCGUCCGUGGCUCUGUACAGACUGCAGGAGCAUGUCAGGAGGUCCCUACCUGAGUUGGUGCAGCAUAAGACAGACAUGCAGAGCUGGGAGGAGCAGAGCCAAGGAGCCAUCUACUCAGUCGAAUAUGCAUGCAGUGCUGUGAGAAGCAUGGCUAAGAGCAGUGUGUAUUUCAAAAACAUUGACAGCCUCCUGCGACAAGCCAUCAGCAUGAGGGAGCAGAUAAGCAUCUCUCAAGGACGCAGUCCCUUUGUUGCUGCUUCGCGUGCCUCAUCCACCUCAUCUUCCUCAUGACGGUGCUAUGUCCAAGAAAAAGGACAGUGGAUCCAGGCAUGCCAAGGGACACAGGAGAGAAGCACAACUCUGGACUGUGACAACACUUCCCGACCUUUCCUCAUGUUCUGCUACUUCUCUCUGCUACCUCUUUGAUUGAAGUGGGGUGGUCAAGGUCCUAACCCCCUUCACCGCCUAGCCCACCUCCCCCAAGCACAAACUGCUCAGCAGAACAGAGCGUUCCAGCGCUGCCAGGUUCGGCUUUAAAAAACACUCAAGUCAUGGAUGCCGCUCAAAGGGCACAUUGUUCUCUUGAGCUCGCUGGACGAGAACAGCUCUUUUCGUUCUCGGUUGUUGAUGGCUGACAUUUUGGACAUUAGCUGUCAAGGACACCCCCUGCUGUUGUUUAGUGUUAACUCAUACGGUAUGGUAUGGAUACACCAGCAUAUCAUUAGUUCAUAUAGUAAAUAUUGCUAAACCCCCAUUUUAUAUAUAUAUAUAUAUAUAAGCGAUAUUGUGAUAACAUCAAUUAUGGUACAAGCAUGAAAUAUGAUGUACUGUAUCUUUUAUUGCUUGCGUUACGCUAAUGUUGCAAGUGCAUCAAAUAACGAUAUUGUGAUAUAAUGUUAUCACUGGUGGUACCAUAUUGAUACACCAACAUCAAAUAGCGAUAGGGUGACUUCUUGGAUCAUUAUCGCUUAGGGUACAGAAUUGAUAUUCAAAUAUCAAUAUUGUAAUGUAUGUAUCGUUAUCGCUACAUUAGGAUCACAUAUCAAAAUUGCCGUUGUCCUAUUAAGUGUGUUCUCCUCAAAAACAACCAAUAAAAGCAUGUUUAAUUUUG